AACAAGAAGAACUCUGAAGUUAUUUUCCCUUCCAGGUUCAGUUUUUCUCAGAGCCCCUCACCAAACCUCCUUAGUCUGCAUGGUCGAGCAGGGCUCACAGCUCCCUGACCAUGAAGCUCCAGGCUGUACUUUGUCUGGCACUGAUCUGGGUUGAGCUCCAAAAUGGAUCCUGCCAAGCAAUCAAGAGAAAAAAAGGUACAGAUGAAAGCAACACCCAUUCAGGUGGGAAGCGGGUGAGAAUUCGCCAGCCAGCACCAACCAGCAGAAAAGGGAAAAACCAGUCCCUUUUGACCCAGGUGUUGGAUAAGGGCCGCUUCCUGCGUCUCGGCCAGAGCACCUCUCUGACUCCUGGGAAGAAUGUGGAGCUGCGCUGCAAAGGGAGCAAGAUCAGAUGGUCCUACCCGACCUACCUGGGCACCUUUAACGACUCGCGCCUCAGCAUCAAGCAUAGUGAUAAGUACAGCCAGCUGAUCCUGACCUCGCCCUCUGCCGCUGACACGGGCUCCUACAGCUGCUGGGUCAUAGUGUGCGAUGGGACAGACUGUCAGAAGGACCACGAUCGCACGUACACCUCAUACAUCUACUUCACAGACAAAGACAACCUCUUCGUCCCAUCGGCCAUCCACUUUGAGAUUGUAUACCUACGCCCAGACAGGCCUGCAGUCGUGCCCUGUCGCGUGACCGAACCCCAGGCCAAGGUGUCGCUGCACCGAGAGGUCCCUGCUGAGGAAAUCACAUCAAAUAGGACUCUUAUGACCUAUGACCCCACCAGGGGUUUCAUCCUGCAAAAUCCCAGUGCAGAUCUUCAGGGGGUCUUCUACUGCAAGGCUGCGUCCAAGGGCACCCCUCAAAUCUCCACCAAGUACCAGCUGUUGUAUGUAGAAGUUCCCAGUGGGGCACCAUUUGUGAGCCUUGGAGCCUCUCCUGAGCUGGUGAGAGGAGGUGACAAUGUUAAUGUGACCUGCACUGUGCUGGGAGAACCAGAGGUGGACGUGAGCUUCAACUGGUCUUAUCCUGGACAGGGUCAGCGUCCAGUUCACAUCCAAACGUUGUGGAGGCUGGUUAAAAGAGGUAUGGGCCACACCACAAGGGUCUCCCAGAGCAUCUUGGCUGUGGAGGAUAUAGAAACCAUUGACUUUGGUAACUACAUUUGUAAAGCUAAGAACAAGCACGGUGAGACAAUAGUGACAACCAAAAUUGUCUCUUCAUAAUUCCCCCCAAGGAGCACAUGAUUCAGUUUUUGUUUUUAUAUGUAAAGCUUCUGACACCACCUGCAGGACCAGAUAAAAUCCAUGUCUGCCCACAAAAUGGUAUUAUGCUAAUAUGUUUAAAAUGUAAUAAAGAUUCUAUAACUGCUUUG